GCCGGGCCCGCCGGGGAGCGGGGGUGGGCGCGCCGGCGGGGGACGGGCGGGAGCGGCGGGGCGCCGGCAUAAAGGGGCACGGCGCGGGACCCCGGCGCCCGGCUCCCGCGCAGCAUGCCCGCCAGCGCCCCGCCGCGCCGCCCGCGGCCACCGCCGCCGCUGUCGCUGCUGCUGCUGCUGGCCCUGGGCGGCCGCCGCCUGCGCGCAGACCCCGGCGACGGCGCUCAGACCUGGGCGCGCUUCGCUCACCCUCCCGCCCCGGAGGCCACCGGCCUCUUCCACGACACGUUCCCCGACGGCUUCUUCUGGGCCGUAGGCAGCGCCGCCUACCAGACUGAAGGCGGCUGGCGGCAGCAUGGCAAGGGGGCGUCCAUCUGGGACACGUUCACCCACCACCCCGCGGCGCCAAAGGGAGGCCCCCAGAUCGCCGACCUCCCUUCGGGUGCCCCGUCGCCGGUCCCGCUCGCCACCGGGGACGUGGCCAGUGACGGCUACAACAACGUCUUCCGCGACACGGAGGCGCUGCGCGAGCUCGGGGUCACCCACUACCGCUUCUCCAUCUCCUGGGCGCGGGUGCUCCCCAAUGGCACCGCGGGCGCCCCCAACCGCGAGGGGCUGCGCUACUAUCGGCGCCUGCUGGAGCGGCUGCGGGAGCUGGGCGUGCAGCCGGUGGUGACCUUGUACCACUGGGACCUUCCCCAGCGCCUGCAGGACGCCUACGGCGGCUGGGCCAACCGCGCCCUGGCUGACCAUUUCAGGGAUUACGCGGAGCUCUGCUUCCGCCACUUCGGUGCCCAGGUCAAGUACUGGAUCACGAUCGACAACCCCUACGUGGUGGCCUGGCACGGCUACGCCACCGGGCGCCUGGCCCCCGGCGUCCGGGGCAGCCCGCGGCUCGGGUACCUGGUGGCGCACAACCUCCUCCUGGCUCAUGCCAAAAUCUGGCAUCUCUACAAUACUUCUUUCCGUCCAACUCAGGGAGGUCAGGUGUCCAUUGCUCUAAGCUCCCACUGGAUCAGUCCUCGAAGAAUGACUGACCACAGCAUCAAAGAAUGCCAAAAAUCUCUUGACUUCGUACUUGGCUGGUUUGCCAAACCCAUAUUUGUGGAUGGUGACUAUCCUGAGAGCAUGAAGAAUAACCUUUCAUCUGUUCUGCCUAAUUUUACUGAAUCUGAGAAAAAAAUCAUCCAGGGAACAGCAGACUUUUUUGCUCUGUCCUUUGGACCAACCUUGAGUUUUCAGUUGUUGGACCCUCACAUGAAGUUCCGCCAAGUAGAAUCUCCCAGCCUGAGGCAACUGCUUUCCUGGAUUGACCUUGAAUAUAACCACCCUCAGAUAUUUAUUGUGGAAAAUGGCUGGUUUGUCUCAGGGACCACCAAGAAAGAUGAUGCCAAGUAUAUGUAUUACCUCAAAAAGUUCAUAAUGGAAGCCUUAAAAGCCAUCAGGCUGGAUGGGGUCGAUGUCAUCGGGUACACGGCCUGGUCCCUCAUGGAUGGUUUCGAGUGGCACAGAGGUUACAGCAUCAGGCGUGGACUCUUCUAUGUCGACUUUCUAAGCCAGGAUAAGAAGUUGCUGCCGAAGUCGUCAGCCUUGUUCUACCAAAAGCUGAUAGAGAAAAACGGCUUCCCUCCUUUACCUGAAAACCAACCCCUAGAAGGGACGUUUCCCUGUGACUUUGCUUGGGGAGUUGUUGACAACUACAUUCAAGUGGACACCACUCUGUCUCAGUUUACCGACCCGAAUGUUUACCUGUGGGAUGUACACCACAGUAAGAAGCUUAUUAAAGUGGACGGGGCAGUGGCCAAGACGAGGAAAUCCUACUGUGCGGACUUCGCCGCCAUCCGGCCCCAGAUCGCCUUACUCCGGGAAAUGCACGUUACGCAUUUUCACUUCUCCCUGGACUGGGCCCUCCUGCUCCCUCUGGGCAACCAGUCGCAGGUGAACCGCACGGUCCUCGGCUACUACCGCUGCGUGGCGGGCGAGCUGGUCCGCGCCAACGUCACCCCGGUGGUGGCGCUGUGGCAGCCCGCAGCCCCGCACCAGGGCCUGCCGCCGCCCCUGGCCAGGCACGGGGGCUGGGAGAACCCGCACACUGCGCUGGCUUUCCUCGAAUACGCCAGGCUGUGUUUCAAAGAGCUGGGGCGCCACGUCCGGCUGUGGAUCACCAUGAAUGAGCCGUACACGCGGAACAUGAGCCUCGGCGCCGGGCACAACCUGCUCAAGGCCCACGCCCUGGCCUGGCGCGCCUAUGAUGAGAAGUUCAGGCCCGUUCAGAAAGGCGAGAUCUCCAUAGCCUUGCAGGCUGAUUGGAUAGAGCCAGCCUGCCCUUUUUCUCCAAAGGACAGAGAAGUGGCCGAGAGGGUUUUGGAAUUUGACAUUGGCUGGCUGGCCGAGCCUAUUUUCGGCUCUGGAGACUACCCACGUGUAAUGAGGGACUGGCUGAACCAAAGAAACAAUUUCCUUCUACCUUACUUCACGGAAGACGAGAAAAAGCUCAUCCAGGGAACUUUUGACUUUUUGGCUUUCAGCCAUUACACCACCAUCCUUGUAGACUGGGAAAAAGAAGAUCCGGUAAAAUAUAAUGAUUACCUCGAAGUGCAAGAAAUGACGGACAUCACGUGGCUCAACUCUCCCAGCCAGGUGGCCGUGGUGCCCUGGGGAUUACGCAAAGUGCUGAACUGGCUGAGGUUAAAGUAUGGAGACCUCCCCAUGUAUAUCAUAUCCAACGGAAUCGAUGACAAUCCCCAUGUCGAGCAAGACACGUUAAGGACGUACUACAUACAGAAUUAUGUAAAUGAAGCACUUAAAGCCUACAUAUUGGAUGGUAUCAAUCUUUGUGGAUACUUUGCUUAUGCGUUUAACGAUCGCACAGCUCCGAAGUUUGGCCUCUAUCGUUAUGCUGCCAGUCAGUUUGAGCCCAAACCGUCCAUGAAACAUUACAGGAAAAUUAUUGACAACAAUGGUUUCCCAGGCCUCGAAACUCUGGGAAGAUUUUGUCCAGAAGAAUUCACCGUGUGUACUGAAUGCAGCUUUUUUCACACUCGAAAGUCUUUACUGACUUUCAUAGCCUUUAUAUUUUUUGCUUUUAUUGUUUCUCUUUUCCUUAUUUUUUACUACUCAAAGAAAGGCAGAAGAAGUUACAAAUAGUUCUGAACGUUUUCCUAUUCAUUUUGACAUAGUUAUGCACACACAUUAGCUGUUAAUCAUUUGCACUUUUCAGUUGUGAAACUGUAAAUUUCAUGCAUCUAACUUCUAGAAAGCUUUUUUGUGGCUUAUGAUGGAGGUUUUUUUUUCCUUUGAGCAAUGAAUCUUGUUCUGUCACGAAAAUGUAGUGGCAUUGAUCAUAGCUCACUGUAGCCCUGAACACCUGGGCUUAAAUGAUUAUCUUUUCUCAGCCUGUCAAAUAGCUGGGACUAUAGGUAUGUGCCAUCAUGUCUAGUUAAUUUUGUAAUUCUUUAUAGAAAUGAGUCUCUUUAAUGUUGUCCAAACUGAUCUCAAACACCUAGCCUUGAGAUACAGUUUCACCUCUGCCUAAGUGUUGGGAUAACAGGUGUGAGCCACUGAAGUUGGACUGAUAGAAUUUUUAAAUGGGCACAGGGAUUGUAAAAUAUUGAAUAACGUGAAUAGUGCCUGAAUUUGUUCUCUUUCUGAGUGAUUAAAAAACUGACAGGUAACAUAAUUUCUAUGACACAUGCUGUGAUGAAAGCAUGAAAUUGAUAACCAUAUCAAUACAAUAUUUGUAGAGAAAUUUGAGUGACAAGAUUAUUUGCCCAUGCACGUAUUCCUAAACUUGAUGUUUUUAUGGAAGUAGUAAUUGCAAGAGUUGAAAUAAAAAGUUAAGUCCCAAGUAACCAUUUUUCAGCUGUAAUGUCACUGCCUAAUGACAGCACCUCUGUUGAAUCCAGUUUUCCAUGAAAAAGAAGAUGGCAGAAUAUAGAAGAAAUGACAGAGUGCCCUAGGCUCGAAAGUUCCUUUCUAAAGCAGUGUUUCUGUCCAAUACUGCUAAUGUUCAUUUACAUGCAUAUAUCUGGUGAAUGACAUAGUUAGAAAAUUAUGGAAAUUUAUACUUUAUGUGGUUUUUGAGGCACUCUCUAAACCCUGGGACCUUGAGGCUUUGUCUCAUGGGUGCCUUGUUGAAGGCCUUGUUUAUAGGAGACUAUUGUUAAAGUGUUUGCAGAAAAAUAAACAUGAAUCCUUAGAUGUUGGACUCUUUAGGAAGCAUAAAGCAAUUGUGAAAUGCAGGCUGCUACAAUGGCUCUAGGUGGAAGAAAAGAAGAAAAAGCUUAUUAUGAGCAAUAUUAUGAUUAAUUUGAUUAUAUACCCCUUUAUUUUUGAGUAGACCUUGGAAUGAAUGAAAUGACCUUUCUUGAGAGAAUAGGGAUGAAAUAAUAACUCAUUCAAUAAAGAGACAGCCCUUCAGACGUGCUGUAAUUUCUUUGAAUUGGUAGUUUUUAAAACACUUAAUGGAUUCAAAAGCAAUCUGGUCUGGAUAGCACUAGAAGAUUUGUUUUUGUAAUCUCUGAGGUCCAUUUUAUGUUUCUGCAGCUACUUGUGUGGAAGUAGCUUUGAACUAAUUUUGCUUUGAACUUUUAUAAACUGAAACAUGCUACUGAUUUUUAGAAAGGGCUAAUUAGGUCUUAUCCUUUCAUGCCCCUUAAAUAAGUCUUGCUGAUUUUCAAACUGGGAAGUGUCUCUCUUACACUGGAGUUUUGUAGAUAAGUCAAUAGUUUAUCAGGCAAGAUGAACCAAUGUCAUAAUAGGCACAACUAACCUCAGUGACACAGGGUCAUAGUGUCUCAUAAAAUACUGUACUGUACAAUAUAUCAUCUUCAGAGGUGGUAUGAUUUUUUUCGUGAAAGAUAAGCUUUUGGUGAUAUUAUUUAAAAAAUGGGACUUAUUAAAUAAAAUUAGGCAUUAUAGAAUGAACAGCUUAUUUUAUGUAUAUAUUUUUCUGAUUGCAAGAGUAAUAUAUGUUCAUUGUAAAAAGUUUAAAACCACAAAAACUACAUAUGUAAAGAAAAACAAAAAAUUAUCUAUAAUCUCAUAAUCCAGAAAUAGCCUCUAUUAACAUUUCCUAUGUAUUUUAUUUAGCAUCAGAUCAUAUUGUAUAUAAUUAUGUAUUAAUUUUUGUUGUGCAACUUUCCUUUGCUAUGAACCUUCAAAAGCAUGAUUUUUAAGAGUUGUAUUCUACCAUAUGAAUGUAUCACAACUUAUUUAACUACUCUUAUUUGUUAGACUAAUUUCUUAUUCAUUACUGUUAAAUAAUAUGUAUUGCUUAAAAAUAAUUUUCUUGAUACAACAUUUACUUUAAUUAUCCUGAGUGAAGACAGAAGUAAUUCUUCUCCUUGAAAAAGUAUUAUAAUAAAUCUACCUACAACUUUGCCUU